GCCAGACUGGGAAAAUAUGAUGAUCCCCCGAGCAUCCCUAUUACUGCUCCCCCUGGCGGGAGUCAUCUUCCUGGCUGUGCAUGCUGUUCAAGGUUCAGAGCCCAGGAGAGUGUGUUACUACACCAACUGGUCACAGUACCGUCCCGGGAAGGGGAAAUACACGCCGGAGAAUGUCGACCCUAACCUCUGCACACACUACGUAUACGCCUUUGCCACGCUGCUAGGCAACAGGAUCAAAGCCUUUGAAUGGAAUGAUCUCUCAACACAGUGGAGCAAAGGAAUGUUCGAACGUUUUAUGGCGAUGAAGAACGUCAAUCCAAACAUGAAGACCUUGCUUGCUGUCGGGGGAUGGAAUCUUGGGUCGGGGCCGUUCCACCAGAUGUCUCACACCCCAGAAGGAAGGAAGGAGUUUGCGGACUCCGUCGUCAAAUUCAUCCGAGAAAACAAGUUCGAUGGCGUGGAUGUGGACUGGGAGUAUCCGGCAAACAGAGGCAGUCCACCAGAGGAUAGACAACACUAUACCGAGAUGCUAAAGGCAGUGUACGAUGCCUUUGUGGUGGAAGCGCAGCAAUCUGGUAGACCCCGACUGAUGUUGACGGCGGCAGUGGCGGCGGGAAAACCAAAUAUUGACACUGCAUACGACAUCCCGGAAAUUUCACAGAUCUUGGACUUCAUCAGUGUGAUGACCUAUGACCUGCACGGCAGCUGGGAAGACCACACCGGUCACAACAGCCCCCUGUAUUCACGUAUUGACGAGAGUCAAGACGACAAGUACCUUAACCUGCAUUGGGCAGCUGAAUACUGGGUGAAGAUGGGCGCACCCAGAGAGAAACUAAACAUAGGCUUGGCGUUGUAUGGACGCACGUUUACCCUGUCAACUGGCGACAACACCCUAGGUGCACCUGCCAGUGGCCCCGGCACAAAAGGCCCGUACACACGCGAGAAGGGCUUCCUUUCUUAUCAGGAGAUCUGUGAAAUGGAGCAAAAUGGUGGCACAAUUGUAGAUAUCCCCGAACAGCGCGUCCGCUAUAUUACCCGGGGUGACCAGUGGGUGGGCUAUGACGACAAACUGAGUCUCCGUGAGAAGGUGUGCUACAUCAAGACGAAUGGUUUUGGAGGUGUGAUGGUGUGGGCCCUGGACUUAGAUGACUUCUCGGGGUCUGACUGCGGCCAAGGCCGCUAUCCCCUACUCCACGCUAUCGUGGACGAACUCGCCAGCCCAGACAGAACUAACUGUGUAGGACCAGGACCGCACCAGGAUAUUAACCAUGGUUCUGUCACCACCCAGCGUCCCGUGACUACCCCCACGAAAGCCUACACUCCCCCGCCGGUCGUCGUGACGAACCAACCUCCCGUCACCAACGGUCCCGUUAACACUCCGCCCCGCAUUCAGCCCGGCAAGGACUUCUCCUGCUAUGGUCGAGUCAGCGACUUCUACCAAAGUCCUUACAGCUGCUCGGAGUACUUCAUCUGUGCCAAUGGUAUGUCCUUCCGCGUUAACUGUGCCGUGGGGUUGCGCUUCAACCCUCAGACCAAAUACUGCGACCGUGCGGCCAACGUCCCUUGCAACAUCGGCACCAACACACAGUGGACCACACACGCCAUCAGCAAAAGGCCCCAGGUCACUACAACUCCACCACCUACAACUACAACCACAACGACUACCAGCACAACGAGGGCAACUGUGAAGCCUGUAACGGCUAAGCCAUAUACACCUGCCCCUUUAACGCCGAAGCCUACCACGCAGAAGCCUUACACACCGAAGCCUACCACACAGAAGCCCUACACACAGAAGCCGUACACACGCAGAGGCCGUACACACCCAAACAAACCACUUGGAACCCUUCAGCCACAAACAUUGACGACUUCUGUCAAGGUCGUGCCAACGGCCUCUACACUGACCCCUACAGCUGCUCCAAGUACUACCAGUGCUUCAUGCAGCUUGGCUUCGUACGACAAACAGAAGGCUUUACUUGAGUGGCAGAAUGACACCUCCUCCAUCUCGAAGCGUGGCCGCUUCAAGCACGUCCAGAUACGGGCCCAAGCGCUGCGUAAGGUGCAGGACGAGUGGUGGGAGAAGGAGGCAGACGAAGUCCAGAGAUACACUGACUCGCAGAAGUCCAAGAUGUUCUUCAGGGCCAUCAAGGAACUCGGGCAAAGCUCUGGUAUGGACGGAGUCCCAGCGAAGUCAGACGAUCCUGUGGCUCUAGAAGCCUUCCACUCCCUCCUCACCAGCAUGUGGGAAGAAGAAGAACUGCCCAAAGACUUUAGGGAUGCUGAGGUCGUCUCCCUGUUCAAGAAGAAGGGCAGCAAGACUGACUGCGGCAAUCACUGGGGCAUCUCUCUUCUAUUCUGCCCGAGACCUAGGCCUGGCGCCUUAGCCAGGUCGCCCACCACGCCUCUGGUUCUUUCUGGUGGAGAGGUGUCGGAGCCGUUCGACAUCAGCAACGGCGUCAAGCAGGGAUGGGUGUUGGCCCCGGUCCUCUUCAACGUGUUUUUCGCCUGUGUACUCAACCAGUCCGUUAGGGACCUGGUCCUUGGAGUGUACCCGCGGCACAGGCUCGAUGGAUCCAUGUUCGACCUCCUCCGGCUCAGUGCCAAGACAAAAACUGUGGAAAAACUCAUCCUAGCAGCGCUGUUUGCCGAUGGCUGUGCCCUCAUGGCCCAUAAGAAGUCCGACCUCCAACUAAUUACUCGGCAAGAACGAAGUCCUGUUCCAGACAACACUCGCCUGCACCCUCUCGCCAUUUCCACCAAGCGAACUCAUUUGAACACUGUGGACGACUUUAAACACCUUGGCAGUACAGACAGAAGCCUGGACAAAGACAUCAGCUCCAAGAUCGGCAAGGCAAGCCAAGCACUCGGUCGUCUGCGUGCACGUGUCCUGAAACAGCACAACAUCAAGCUGUCCACCCAGCUGAAGGUAUACAGGACCGUGGUUCUCACCAGCCUCCUCUACGGGUUAACUGCCGAGCCCGCACCACAAGUCCUUAUCUGUGGGAGACAAUCUAUGACCGGGAGACAAUCUUCAAAGAUAAGACGUUGGAAAGCAUAUAAGCAUACGCAGCCAGAAAGUCUGACCAGUCCCUCUCCAUCGUUGACAGACUGCACUCUGAAAAAGUUCAUUGUUGAUUGUCAAGGCGAGAUGAUCCCUCGAACAUCCCUGUUGCUGCUCCCCCUAGCGGGAGUCAUCUUCCUGGCUCUGCAUGCUGUUCAAGGUUCAGAGCCCAGGAGAGUGUGUUAUUACACCAACUGGUCACAGUACCGUCCCGGGAAGGGGAAAUUCACACCGGAGAAUGUAGACCCUAACCUCUGCACACACUACGUAUACGCCUUUGCCAUUUUGCUAGGGAACAAGGUCAAAGCCUUUGAAUGGAAUGAUCUCUCAACACAGUGGAGCAAAGGAAUGUUCGAACGUUUCAUAGCGUUGAAAACGGUCAAUCCCAACAUGAAGACCUUGCUUGCUGUCGGGGGAUGGAAUUUUGGGCCGUGGCCGUUCCACCAGAUGUCUCACACUCCAAAAGGGAGGAAGGAGUUUGCGGACUCCGUCGUCAAAUUCAUCCGAGAAAACAAGUUCGAUGGCGUGGAUGUGGACUGGGAGUAUCCGGCAAACAGAGGCAGUCCACCAGAGGAUAAACACCACUAUACCGAGAUGCUAAAGGCAUUGCACGAUGCCUUUGUUGUGGAAGCGCAACAAUCUGGUAGACCCCGACUGAUGUUGACGGCGGCCGUGGCGGCGGAAAAAUCCAUCGUUGACACUGCAUACGACAUCCCGAAAAUUUCACAGAUCUUGGACUUCAUCAGUGUGAUGACCUAUGACCUGCACGGCAGCUGGGAAGACCACACCGGUCACAACCUUAACCUGCAUUGGGCAGCUGAAUACUGGGUGAAGAUGGGCGCACCCAGAGAGAAACUAAACAUAGGUUUGGCGCUGUAUGGUCGCACGUUUACCCUGUCAACUGCCGACAACACCCUAGGUGCACCUGUCAGUGGCCCCGGUGCAGCAGGCCCGUACACACGCGAGAAGGGCUUCAUUUCUUAUCAGGAGAUUUGUGAAAUGGAGCAAACUGGUGGCACAAUUGUAGAUAUCCCCGAACAGCGCGUCCGCUAUAUUACCCGGGGUGACCAGUGGGUGGGCUAUGACGACAAACUCAGUCUCCGUGACAAGGUGUGCUACAUCAAGUCGAAUGGCUUUGGAGGUGUGAUGGUGUGGACCCUGGACUUAGAUGACUUCUCGGGGUCUGCCUGCUUCCAAGGCCCCUAUCCCCUACUCCACGCUAUCGUGGACGAACUCGUCAGCCCAGACAGAACUUAUUGUGUAGGAUCAAGAACGCACCUGGAUAUUAACUACGGUUCUGUCAACAUUCAGCCGGUCGUCGUGAAGAACCAACUACACCGCCUCGUUAACAUUUUCCAGGACUUCUUCUGCUAUGGUCGCGUCAGCGACUUCUACCCAAGUCCGUUUAGCGGCACGGAGUACUUCAUCUGUGCCAAUGGCAAGUUCUUCCGUGUUACCUGCGCCGUAGGCCUCCGCUUCAACCCUCAGACCAAAUACUGCGACCGUGCGGCCAACGUCCCGGGCAACAUCGGCACUACCACACAGUGGAACCCUUCAGCCACAAACAUUGACGACUUCUGUCAAGGUCGUGCCAACGGCCUCUACACUGACCCCUACAGCUGCUCCAAGUACUACCAGUGCUUCAUGCAGCUUGGCUUCGUGAGGACCUGUCCCCAUACGAGGCCUUUAACGCGCGCGUCCAAGCCUGCGACAACCCCUACAGAGUGCCCGGAUGUUGACGUCAUCACUAACACCUGUCUCUGUACGAAUAAACCAGCGUCACGUGACCUGUUGUGUUGCAUUGUCUACGUCUAUUGGAUGAACGUUGGAAAGCAUAGCAUUACGCAACCAGAAAGUCUGAGCAGUCCCUUUCGAUCGUUGACAGACUGCACACUGAAAACCUUCAUUGUUGAUUGCCAAAGUGAGAUGAUCCCCCGAGCGUCCCUGUUGCUGCUCCCCCUAGCGGGAGUCAUCUUCCUGGCUCUGCAUGCUGCCCAAGGUUCAGAGCCCAGGAGAGUCUGUUAUUACACCAACUGGUCACAGUACCGUCCCGGGAAGGGGAAAUUCACGCCGGAGAAUGUAGACCCUAACCUCUGCACACACUACGUAUACGCCUUUGCCAUUUUGCUAGGGAACAAGGUCAAAGCCUUUGAAUGGAAUGAUCUCUCAACACAGUGGAGCAAAGGAAUGUUCGAACGUUUCAUAGCGUUGAAAACGGUCAAUCCCACCAUGAAGACCUUGCUUGCUGUCGGGGGAUGGAAUUUUGGGUCGAAGGGUUUUCAUGAGAUGUGUAAAACUCCAGAAGGGAGGAAGGAGUUUGCGGACUCCGUCGUCAAAUUCAUCCGAGAAAACAAUUUCGAUGGCGUGGAUGUGGAUUGGGAGUAUCCAGCAAACAGAGGCAGUCCACCAGAGGAUACACACUACUAUACCGAGAUGCUAAAGGCAGUGCACGAUGCCAUUGCAGCGGAAGCGCAGCAAUCUGGUAGACCCCGACUUUUGUUCACGGCGGCCGUGGCGGCGGGAAAACCCACCAUUGACACGGCAUACGAAAUCCCGGAAAUUUCAAAGAUCUUGGACUACAUCAGUGUGAUGACCUAUGACCUACACGGAAGUUGGGAGAACAUCACGGGUCACAACAGCCCGCUGUAUUCUCGUAUUGACGAGAGUCCCGAGGACAAGUCCCUUAACCUGCAUUGGGCAGCUGAAUACUGGGUGAAGAUGGGCGCACCCAGAGAGAAAAUAAACAUAGGCUUGGCGUUGUAUGGUCGCACGUUCACCCUGUCAACUGCCGACAACACCCUAGGUGCACCUGUCAGUGGCCCCGGCACAAAAGGCCCGUACACACGCGAGGAGGGUUUUCUUUCUUAUCAGGAGAUCUGUGAAAUGGAGCAAAAUGGUGGCACAAUUGUAGAUAUCCCCGAACAGCGCGUCCGCUAUAUUACCCGGGAUGACCAGUGGGUGGGCUAUGACGACAAACUCAGUCUCCGUGAGAAGGUGUGCUACAUCAAGUCAAGUGGUUUUGGAGGUGUGAUGGUGUGGGCCCUGGACUUAGAUGACUUCUCAGGGUCCGACUGCGGCCAAGGCCCCUAUCCCCUACUCCACACCAUCGUUGACGAACUCGCCAGCCCAGACAGAACUAACUGUGUAGGACCAGGACCGCACCAGGAUAUUAACCACGGUUCUGUCACCACCCAGCGUCCAGUCACCACCACAAGGAAAACCUACACUACCCCAUCAGUCGUGGUGACAAACCAACCACAGGUCACCAACGGUCCCGUUUACACUACGCCCCGUACUCAGCCCCGCAACGACUUCUGCUAUGGACGAAUGAGCGACUACUACCCAAGUCCCAACAGCUGCACGAAGUACAUCCUAUGUGUCAGUGGCAAGUCUAUCGGGCGCAGCUGUACCAUGGGGUUGCUAUUCAACCCUCAGACCAAAUACUGCGACCGUGCAGCCAACGUCCAGUGCAACAUCGGCACCAACACACAGCGGACCACACACUUCAUCAGCACAACAGCUCCUCCACCUACAAGUACAACCACUCCGUCAACACAGAGGCCUUACACACAAAGGCCUUUCACACAAUCUACCUAUAACCCUACGUCUCGGCAAAUUCAGUCUGGCAAAGACUUCUGCUAUGGUCGAGCCACCGACUUCUACCAAAGUCCCUUCAGCUGCACCGAGUACAUCCGCUGUGUCAGUGGCAUGUCCUUCCGCCUCUACUGUACCAUGGGGUUCCGCUUCAACCCUAAGACCAAAUCCUGCGACCUUGCGGCCAACGUCCCGUGCAACAUCGGCCCCAACACGCAGUGGACCACACACUUCAUCAGCACAACAGCUCCUCCACCUACAAGUACGACCACUACGACUACAAGCACUCGGAGACCAACUGUUCAGCCAAUAACGUCCAAGCCCUACACACCACUCCCUUUCACGUGGAAGCCGGCAACACAAAGGCCUUACACACCUUUCGUACAAACCACUUAUAACCCGACCUACUUGGACGCCUUCUGUCGAGGUCGCGCUAACGGCCUUUACCGUGAUCCCAGCGACUGUUCCAAGUUCUAUCAAUGCAACGCCCAUAUUGGCUUCCUGAGGAACUGUCCGCCAAGCGAGGCGUUCAACGAGAACUCCGGGACCUGUGACUUCCCCUUCAGAGUACCCGGAUGUUGACGUCAUCACUAACACCCGUGUAAUAAUACACCACCGUCACAUUU